UCCGCCCUAGCUCGCGGCAAUCAAAACAUGGCGGACUGCAUCAAUUAGCCAAAAAGCGUUUAUGUCAAUGUGAUCUAAAGGGGUAUCAAUUACAUUAUUUUGAUACAGACAACGAUAUUUAUAGUUGACAAUUUACCCGAUUGGAAAGUAAUAGAGGGGAAAGCCACACUGCCCACAGUUUUCACGUGGAUAAAGGUAGAGUAAAUUCAAGUGAGCUUUUUCGUUACCUGUUCAACGAGCUAGCUGACUGGAUAAUUUAGCUAGCUAACGUUAUGCUGAUGUGAAACCUGCAAGCUUUUGGUGAUAUCUACCGGUGGUUACAAAAUUUGCUAGUUAGCUAACUAUCUAACAUUUCAGCAAAUUAAUAUUGGCGAGUAUUUGCAUUAGCUAUAGCUAGCUAACAUUAGAACUGGUGCAGAUUUGCUAACUAAGUUAGCUAACGUUUGUUGUUAGUUUAGACUAGUUGACGUUUACUUCUGACUAGCUGCGAUUCAACCAUGAAUUGUCUUCUGACAUUGUGCUGGGAGACGUACUUAUAUGUACAAGUUGUACAAUUAUAUUUUCCAGCACAAUGUCAAAAGGUAAUUAAUUAUUGUAUGAAAAUGGAUACACUCACUAACUGUAAGUCGCUCUGGAUAAGAGCGUCUGCUAAAUGACUAAAAUGUAAAUUAUUGGUUGAAUCGCAGCAAGGGAGUGAACGUUAUUUAUAAUAAGGGUUACAUGGAGAAAAUCGUACCUCUGAAAUGAAAAUGGAUGGCCCUCCCUAGAACAAAAUAUAUUUUACCUAUACCCUCCCUGAACGCUUGAAAUAAAACGAGUGACCCUCCCCUAUACCCAAAAUAAAAAUUAAUACAAAGUGGAUAGCAGAGAACAUGUCUACCGUUUACCCUCACUUUUUGGACAGACCAGAGCCUUAGACAUGCAGUUUAGAAACUGUUCCUUGUCCUGUUAGUAUUACUUGGCAACGCAGGAAUUUUGAUAGUGCACAGGGCUGCAGGCCAGAAGGUUGUGGGUUCGCAGAUCACCGUGGACAAGAGUAGGGGUGGAAAGAUCUCAUUUAUAGUAAAAGCAUUGCAUGAAUCCAUCAUCGUAUUUGCAGGGCCAAGAAAAAAAUGGCCUUAUGUAAACAUUUCAUGCAAUUCUACUUAAUUUUCCAUAUUAGCAGAAUCUUUCAUUUUUAUACCACACAAAUUGCCAAAAUUACAGGCUGAAUGAACAGAGAUGGGCAUGUGUGUUCAUCUUUUUUCUCCAAUGCCAAAUCAGUGUGUUUUGUUUGCAAUGAAACUGUCCCUGUUUGCAAAUAAUAAAAUCUGAGACCUCAUUAGGAAUCUGAGCAUGGUGUUUUCAAAAGUUAGGCCUACCUUUCCACCCCAGACAGAGUAGGCCUACUGACGCAGAAAAAUGGAAGCUUUAACUGCUCGCUACUCUUCUUCUGUGGCUUAACCCAACGAGAGAAGGUCACAAGUGUUUACCUAAAAGCUGUCUGGGUUUAAACAUCAUAUAUUGUACAGAAAGUUAAUAACUUAAUCAAUUGAUAGUGACAUAAUUAGAUUACUUCCCAAGCAAAGUACAUUUUUUGUCUCCUUUAUGCUCUAAACAAUGAUAUCCCCAUAUGCAUCGGAGUCACGUCUUUCCCGGGUAUUUUACAACUUGUUUGUAGCCGAAAGCAUCGUGGACCAAAGCGUUGUUAUAGAUCACUUUAAUAAUCAGAUCCCUUUUAUUUUCUUCAAAAUCUUAAGCUAACAAAAGGGUAGGCCUGUGCUUUUUGCCCUUUUCAUUAAUAAAAAGUAGGCCUAUGGUAUACCCUCUCAUACUUCCCUCAAUUCGAGUCUUGGUUUUAACUUAGCCUACCUCCGUGUCAGUGAAGGGCUGUUAUUUAAAGAGUGCAUUGUGGAUGGAGGAAUUGACCAACAAAUCUAUUGAUAUAGCAGCCUAUAGCCUAAUUUAGUCUCUCAAACAGGUAGGCCUACCUCUUAUUUCUUAAAUAGGAAGAAAUAGGCUCCAACGCAAAGCCCUCUUGUUGUUAGAAAACUAAUUAAAAUGAAGACGGUUUAAAUGAAUUAUGCCUACUCAAAUUUGCCUACUUUCAGCACCAUGAGCUGUCCAUUUCCGAUUGAUUGUGCUGCUGCUUCAAGUUUCAGCACCACAAUGUAAGUUACUGGAAUCUGGCUUAUUGUGAGGUCAAUAACUCUGAUAAAUAGGCCUACAUCAUGGGCAAGAAACAUAUUGUUUUUAAUCAAAUCAAUUAUAGUAGUAGCAAGCUAUCAAAGUUGUCCUCCUUCUCAUCUUCGCGCUCUCCUUCUCAAACUGAACAGAACAUAAGCUGUAGCAGUGUUUCCCAACCCUGGUCCUCUUGUACUCCCAACAGUACACAGUUUCAUUGUAGCCCUUGACAAACACACCUCAUUCAACUCAUUGAGGGCUCGAUGAUUAGUUGACAAGUUGAAUCAGGUGUGCUUGGUCAGGGUUACAAUACAAAUGUGUACGGUUGGGGUUACUCGAGGACUAGGGUUGGGAAACACUGGGCUAUAGGCUAGUCCAUGCGCAAGAGAGUGCAUUUUUUUGGACUAUGCUUAAUAAAAAAUAGGAAGAAGCCUUUGACUCUCCUCCUGAACUGCCACUGUAGGCCUACACAGCACAGCCAUUGGUUAGGAAGCACACAAAAACGUUCUUGAUCAGCAAGAGCAGGCUGGGGCUCAGGGUUGGAAUAUCCAUUGCAGUGUGUAAGGCAGCCUAGUUUUAUUUAAGGCCUUGUAAGUCAGCAUUUCACGGUAAGGUCUACACGUGUUGUGUUUGGGCACGUGACAAAUACAAUUUGAUUUGAUUUGACCAUCCCAGCGGCUAUCUUAGAAAUAUAACUUUGCUCUGUGCUUCGCUGAGCAUGCACUUCAUAGCCUGUAUAGCCUAUGGAUACUUUGAUUGAGACCACACUAAAUAGCCUACAGGAGGCUGCUGAGGGGAGGACAGCUCAUAAUAAUGGCUGGAACGGAGCAACCAUGUGAAACCAUAUGUUGGAUGUAUUUGAUACCAUUCCGCUCUAGCAUUUACCACAAGCCCGUCCUCCCCAAUUAAGGUGCCACCAACCUCCUGUGAUAGGCACACUUGAUAUUGUGCGCCCAGCAGAGAAUCAGAGAUGAGGGGUGGCAUCAGGCACACAUCGAUAUAUAGCCUAAUAAGCAACUAUUUCUAAAACACUGAGGAAUAUAGACAUUUCAUCAUUUACAAAUUACAUGACCCUCCCCUAGACUAGAUUUUAAAAACUUCUGACUUGCCCUCGGUGCAAUCAAUGUAAUGUCGUGUUUGGUGCCUCUAGUCUAAAGUAAUCUAAAUGUAUAUCUGGCUCCUUCGUGUUGCUCAAUAAGCUUUUUGACAGUUAGUAACAUGCUGUAUAAUAUUGCAGGAAAAUAUCCUGCAUUACUUGGUUUGGAAAUCCAAAUUCAUCGUUGUGGUUGUGUUGAAUAGAUGACUUUUUCUCCUGACUCCAAUAACUUGAUACUGUAUCUUCCCUGGCAGGGUGAAGGAGACGCACCAUCACCAUGGGGCGACGUUCGACCUCCUCCACCAAGAGUGGGAAAUUCAUGAACCCCACCGACCAGGCCAGUAAGUAAAGUCAUACCCUUUCCAUCAUCAUGUGACUGCUCACAUCAUACGUUCACCUCAAACUUGAGCAUGAACACAUCAGUGCACAUUGUUACUUAAGCUUCAGGGGAUCCCAUGUCUGUGAAAUGAAAAGCAUUUCAGUGUCUCUUAUUGAGCUCAGCAGCACUAUGAACAAUAGUAAAUGCAUCAACGUACAGGAGCUGUCAGGUAACAGGUUCUACAUCAAACAUAAUGCGGUGCCUUUUCCUCCUCAGGGAAGGAGGCCAGGAAACGGGAGCUGAAGAAGGUAAGACCUUGGCUGACAAGUUGAAUGUCAAUGACAGGUUGACUUUGUAUUCUGUGUAGAAAACUCACUGUGCUCUUCUUUGCUGCGCCACAGAACAAGAAGCAGAGGAUGAUGGUGAGAACAGCUGUGCUGAAGAUGAAGGACCCCCGACAGAUCAUCAAAGACAUGGAGAAGCUGGAUGAAAUGGGUGAGCUAUUGGAAAUGGGUUUUAAACAAGGUUAUGUGUUUGUUUUUUGUCUUCCAAAAUGAUCUUGCUAAUCAUUUUCUUUUCUCCUGUUCACAUCCGUUCUCUCUACCUGUCUUUUCCUGUGCCAGAGUUCAACCCUGUGCAGCAGCCGCUGCUGAAUGAGAAGGUGCUGAGGGACAAGAGGAAGAAGCUACGGGAGACGUUUGAGCGCAUCGUACGUUUGUACGAAAGAGAGAACCCAGACACUUACAAGGAGCUACGCAAACUGGAGCUGGACUAUGAGAGCAAUCGCGGCAAGCUGUCACUCUACUUCGACUCAGUCAAGGUGUGUAUGCUAUGCUGAUGAGCAUGUAUGAAGCGUACAGAUAAACAGAGCGGGGCUGAGAUCAUGUCAUUAUUGUCCCUGUUGUUCACUACUCACUCUUUCUCUUCCACACUCUGUCAACUAGAAUGCUGAACUGGUGGAGGUGGAUAGUAUCCCACUCCCAGAGAUGCCCCACGCCCCCUCCAGCAUCCUGAUCCAGGACAUCCCCCUGCCCGGGGCCCAGCCUCCCUCCAUCCUGAAGAAGGGCUCGUCGUUUAGGUGGGCAGUCCCCUGAAUUUACAGUGCUGUCUCAGUAUCAUUCCAAUGGACCAUACCGCAACCCUAACAGCUGCUCUGUAAACACUUCUCUCUCUCUCUUAGUAAGGGGAUCAGUGCCCCCAUGUCUGCAGCGGUAGCUGGCGUCCCUCGGUUACCCCCUGGCAGGAAACCCCCAGGUCCCCCACCUGGCCCCCCACCGCCUCAGGUCCUGGCGCUGUACGCAUCACGCAGGGCCCAGUUCGCAGCAGACGCAGGUACUGCACACACACCUCACUACUGCAUGUUUGUACAUGGGAUCAGGAGGAAUAAAGAUGCUUCAUCCAAAUCCACCUUUCUCUCUGCCUACAACCAGAUCCAUCCAACCAGGCCUCUGACAUGGAGAAAGCCAUGGACACUAUGCUGAUGGGAGGAGAGAGGGACAGUGGGAGCGAGAGCGAUGGAGAAGGGGACGAUGGAGAGGAAGACGACAGCGACUCUGAAGAGGACAGUGAAGGAGAGAGGGAUGAAGGAGGAGAGGUUGACAAGAGGAUGAUGGUGGACCGACAGGAUGAGGGCAGAGAGGAGGACAGAGGGGACAGACAUGCAGGUGAGAGGCAGAGCCUUGUCUGCGUAUGUGCUUGCUUGAUCACCCCAAGUGUGUUGGAUUCUGUCUUCAAGUCUGGGCACUGCUUGGUGUUGGGAGUUUAAAGAAUGAUAACACAGACAUGGCGUUGUACAUGAGAUUAUGUGAUAUGUUUUGCAGGACGCAGUGUGCGGUUUGCAGACAUGCCCCCCUCAGCACCCAGGGAGAAGAGCAAGAAGAAGAGGAUUGUGAAGAAGAAAAAGGCCAUCACUCCUCUGCAGGCUAUGAUGCUUAGGAUGGCAGGUACUGUAUGUCCUUCAGUCUGCACACAACACCACUACCACACUUCAGCAGGACUUGUGAUGCAGAUGAAUGAUUGGAUUGUUGACACUAUUUUGGAGAAUGCCGUAAUUUAAAGAGGUUUGUAUUCGCCGGAGGAUGAUUUCUCCAUGGGAACUAGAUUACACUUUCUUCCUUCAUCCCUUUCUCACUCAUCCCCUUUUAUUAUUUGUCUACAGGGCAGUCCAUCCCUGAAGAUGAAGAGGAGGAAGAGGAAGUUGAGGAAGAGUAUACUGACUCUGACAACUCAGACAUCGAGGAUAGGGGACCACCAGGCGACAACCAAUCUCAUCUUAUACCCAAUCAGCGCAUGCCUCCACCCUCUGGUCCAAUGGGAGGACAGCAACCACCUCUACACAUGCAGGGUCCACCAGGAACAGGGCCUCCACCGUUGGGACCACCCCCAGCUCCUCCAAUGAGGCCUCCUGGUCCGCCCUCUGGCCUGCCUCCCGGUCCUCCACCUGGUUCGUUGGUUUUAUGUGUAUUAAUGAUUGGAGUACAGUGUCAUCUUGUGUGACGUUGCUUCAUUACUAUCAAAUUACUAAAACAAUGCUCUAUGAUGUGAUAUGUCAUAUGAUAUGUCUUGUUUGUCAUCCUUAGGUGCUCCUCCGUUUUUGAGGCCACCUGGUAUGCUAGGUGGUCCAAGGGGGCCGAUGCCCCGGCUACUGCCCCCUGGACCCCCACCAGGUCGUCCCCCUGGCCCUCCCCCAGGCCCCCCUCCAGGUCUCCCUCCUGGUCCUCCACCCCGGGGACCCCCACCCAGACUGCCUCCCCCAGCACCCCCAGGUAUGUGUGGAUGCGUGUAUGUAUUUUUGUGCCUUUUAUUGAAAUUUCAUAAGACUUUAUCCCUUCUCAAACAUUGUCAAAACAUACAUCUGUUUUAAACAUAACUACAGUUCAGCAGUACCCAAAGUUAACAGCAAUUAAAAUAGCUGAGAUCUAUAUGUCGGCAUGGCACAUACUUCAAGCUAAAAUACAUGUACAAAUUAUUUUGGCCAGCAAAGCAUGGGAAGAAAGUAGGAUUUUCCCCCACUCUAAUCUCCUCUCUUCUCCCUUUCUGUAGGCAUCCCCCCUCCCCCAAGAGCUGGCCACCCACGCCAACUUGCCCCUCCCCUCUCUCUUUUCCCCCCGCCGCUUAACUCCAACGUCCUCAGCGCUCCCCCCAGCAUCGUCCACCGCCAGAAACCCGGCUCCAACCCAGAUGGCUCCCAGAGCAACCCCAAUGCCUCCAUGCUGCCCCCUCCCUCCAUGCCUAUGUCCAUGCGCCCAGGGAUGCAGAUGCCCCCUCCCCCGGGGACAAGUGCCCCGCCAUCGGGCGCAAACCACACCAGCCACCACCAUGCACCAACCAUCGAGAAGCGGGCCAACAUCACCUCUGUCUCGGCCGGAGGCAGCAAUCUGGCAGCAGGCCCGGGGAGUGGUGGAGCCACCAUCUCAGCCAAACCCCAGAUAAUCAACCCCAAGACAGAGGUCACCCGCUUUGUGCCCACGGCGCUGAGGGUGCGCAGGGAUAAAGGGGCCGGGAGCGGAGGAGGGCCUAUGGAAAAGGGAAGAAGAAGAGAGGAAAGGGUGGGAGGCCAGAAGCAGCAGUCGAUGGCUGCCCCCAUGGGGUCGGCCAACCCUACUCAGAUGGGCCCAGUCUCUCAGCCCAACAUGAAGACCAAGGACCAGAUGUAUGAGGCCUUCAUGAGGGAGAUGGAGGGACUCCUC